GCGGGAGUGGGGCGGGGUUGGGGAUGGGCCAUCCCGCCGCGGCUGGGGUAGCAGCUUUCCCCCGGGUCCGGCGCCGAAGCUUUCUCCCCCGGGGCGGGAAUGGAGGCUGGACCCCUCUCCCCAAAGCCGAGGCUCGGUCCGCGCUCCUGCGACUGGGCUGAAGCUGCUCCCCUCUCCCCGCCGCCUCCGGGCGUUCCGGCCGUACACCCACACUGGGACUGGGACUGGGCUGUGAUCCCGAGGCCGCAGCUCCGCUCUCGGCCCGCCACCUCCCCCGGGCCCACCUGCUCCCUCAGCCACAGGCCAUCUCGGGGCUCUGGGACUGGACGACUGCAGCCUCUUCCCUCUGCCCCCGGGAACGGCUCCACUCCGUCCCCUGCAGCGCCUGCAGCCGCGGCCCCCUCAGCAGCUGUGUCUCCUGGCGCCUCCUCGCCAUCCCCAGCAGAGCAGUUGGAGCAGACAGCCGGGCUGCCCGGAAGAGUUUUUGGUGGGGUUUCUGCACUGAGGUGGAAACCCAGCAGAACCUGCCCUUCUUCCCUCCCCUGCUCCGCAAGGCAGCCCACCCCGACCUUGAGAUCCCAGGUUUGGAGAAUCCUGCUGAGAGUGAACAGUAGGAGGAUUCCCCAAAGCUUCCAGCUUGCCACCUGGAAGAAGGUCACUUUCUUUUGAGCAAAGGAGAUAAUGGGAGGUACCCUGCCAAUGUUCACUGAGAGGCGGGGGUGACAUGGGCCACGGUUGCUCUGGGAGGGUUGUGGCACUCGGGGCUGGGUGGCUCUCCCUAAGCUUGCUCUGACAAAAGAGUUUUGAGUUGGUCUUUUGGCUGAGCCUGCCCAGGAAGGCAGGCUCCUGCAGGAGUCUUGGAGGGUCGGAUGCGGCGCCGGAUGAGGAUGAGGCGUGGCGGAAGAUGCGUUUGGCUCUGCAGACACUGCAUCGGGCAGCAGGGGACUCUGGGAGGCUGGUGCAGCCAGAAGGCAUGGCUCUUGACAGCCUUCUAGUAGAAUCUCUGGAAUUGUGCAUGGUGAGAAGCUGCCCCCUGACUUCAUGCCAAAGCUCGUCAAGAAUCUCCUAGGCGAGAUGCCUCUGUGGGUCUGCCAGAGUUGCCGAAAGAGCAUGGAGGAAGAUGAAAGGCAGACAGGUCGAGAACAUGCAGUGGCGAUCUCCUUGUCACACACAUCCUGCAAAUCACAGUCUUGUGGAGAUGACUCUCAUUCGUCCUCGUCUUCCUCCUCAUCAUCCUCAUCCUCGUCCUCCUCUUCCUGCCCUGGGAACUCAGGAGACUGGGAUCCUAGCUCGUUCCUGUCGGCACAUAAGCUCUCGGGCCUCUGGAAUUCCCCACAUUCCAGUGGGGCCAUGCCAGGCAGCUCUCUUGGGAGUCCUCCUACCAUCCCCGGUGAGGCUUUCCCUGUCUCGGAGCACCACCAGCACUCAGACCUCACUGCUCCCCCUAACAGCCCCACCGGCCACCACCCCCAGCCAGCAUCUCUAAUCCCGUCUCACCCCAGCUCCUUUGGCUCCCCGCCCCACCCACACCUGCUGCCCACCACCCCGGCAGCACCUUUCCCUGCCCAGGCUUCAGAGUGCCCUGUUGCUGCUGCCACUGCCCCCCACACUCCAGGGCCAUGUCAGAGCUCCCAUUUACCCUCCACCAGCAUGCCGCUCCUGAAGAUGCCCCCACCAUUCUCGGGGUGCAGCCACCCCUGCAGCGGGCACUGUGGUGGGCACUGCAGUGGGCCUCUCCUCCCACCCCCGAGCUCUCAGCCACUCCCUAGCACUCACAGGGAUCCCGGGUGCAAGGGGCACAAGUUUGCACACAGUGGCCUGGCUUGCCAGCUGCCCCAGCCCUGCGAGGCAGAUGAGGGGCUGGGUGAGGAAGAGGAUAGCAGCUCUGAGCGAAGCUCCUGCACCUCGUCCUCCACCCACCAGAGAGAUGGGAAGUUCUGUGACUGCUGCUACUGUGAGUUCUUCGGCCACAAUGCGCCACCCGCUGCCCCGACGAGUCGGAACUAUACCGAGAUCCGGGAGAAGCUCCGCUCGAGGCUGACCAGGCGGAAAGAGGAGCUGCCCAUGAAGGGGGGCACCCUGGGCGGGAUCCCUGGGGAGCCCGCCGUGGACCACCGAGAUGUGGAUGAGCUGCUGGAAUUCAUCAACAGCACGGAGCCCAAAGUCCCCAACAGCGCCAGGGCCGCCAAGCGGGCCCGGCACAAGCUGAAAAAGAAGGAAAAGGAGAAGGCCCAGUUGGCAGCAGAAGCUCUAAAGCAGGCAAAUCGUGUUUCUGGAAGCCGGGAGCCAAGGCCUGCCAGGGAGAGGCUCUUGGAGUGGCCCGACCGGGAACUGGAUCGGGUCAACAGCUUCCUGAGCAGCCGUCUGCAGGAGAUCAAAAACACUGUCAAAGACUCCAUCCGUGCCAGCUUCAGUGUGUGUGAGCUCAGCAUGGACAGCAAUGGCUUCUCUAAGGAGGGGGCUGCUGAGCCUGAGCCUCAGAGUCUACCCCCCUCAAACCUCAGUGGCUCCUCAGAGCAGCAGCCUGACAUCAACCUUGACCUGUCCCCUUUGACUUUGGGCUCCCCUCAGAACCACACGUUACAAGCUCCAGGCGAGCCAGCCCCACCAUGGGCAGAAAUGAGAGGCCCCCACCCACCAUGGACAGAGGUGAGGGGGCCCCCUCCCGGUAUCGUCCCCGAGAACGGGCUCGUGAGGAGACUCAACACCGUGCCCAACCUAUCCCGGGUGAUCUGGGUCAAGACACCCAAGCCGGGCUACCCCAGCUCCGAGGAGCCAAGCUCAAAGGAAGUUCCCAGUUGCAAGCAGGAGCUGCCUGAGCCUGUGUCCUCAGGUGGGAAGCCACAGAAGGGCAAGAGGCAGGGCAGUCAGGCCAAGAAGAGCGAGGCAAGCCCAGCCCCCCGGCCCCCAGCCAGCCUAGAGGUUCCCAGUGCCCAGGGCCAGGUCGCUGGCCCCAAGCAGCCAGGCAGGGUCCUAGAGCCUCCCAAAGUAGGCAGCUGUGCUGAGGCUGGAGAGGGGAGCCGGGGGAGCCGGCCAGGACCAGGUUGGGCUGGCAGUCCCAAAACUGAGAAGGAGAAGGGCAGCUCCUGGCGAAACUGGCCAGGCGAGGCCAAGGCACGGCCUCAGGAGCAGGAGUCUGUGCAGCCCCCAGGCCCAGCAAGGCCACAGAGCUUGCCCCAGGGCAAGGGCCGCAGCCGCCGGAGCCGCAACAAGCAGGAGAAGCCAGCCUCCUCCUUGGACGAUGUGUUCCUGCCCAAGGACAUGGACGGGGUGGAGAUGGAUGAGACUGACCGAGAGGUGGAGUACUUUAAGAGGUUCUGUUUGGAUUCUGCAAAGCAGACUCGUCAGAAAGUUGCUGUGAACUGGACCAACUUCAGCCUCAAGAAAACCACUCCUAGCACAGCUCAGUGAGGCCCUGCCCAGGCUGAGCUUCUUCAGGGCGUCCUGAGGCCCUGACUGCCAGCUGAAGGCGUAUAAUUUUUCCCUCCGUGUGCCCCACCUACCCGUCCAAGACCCUCUCUGCUCCCCACCAUCCUGGACCAACCAAAAGCUGAACGGAUGCCACACUGUGCUGGGGCCCCUUGACCUCAGCAGAGCCGCUUCCUGGUGCUACGCAGCCUCCACACUCAGAGCCCGUGGACUGGGCUGGCCUAAGGGCCAGGGCUGAUGGUACUGCUGGCCCAACACUGCUCUCUUUGUGUUUGGUUUUUUUGUUUUUGUUUUUGUUUUGUUUUUUUCCAAUUCUUUACUUUUGAUACUGUGAAGAUCUUUCGUGCUGAAAGAUAAAGCAACAUUUGGACACAGA